UGAAAUUUUGGAUAUGUCUGAGUUUUGUGAGCAUCCGGAAGAAAACGCACGAUACAGACUUUCUGCAUCAAUUGUACAUGUUGGUAAUACACCACGAAGUGGUCAUUACUAUGCUUAUGCCAAAACUGCUUCUGGCUGGGUUAAAUUUAAUGAUAGUAUGACAUCAAAUGUUGUAUUAGAAACCACACUUAGAGAUAAACCGUACAUCCUUUUUUACACCAAGGAGAAUACUUCAUCAACAGCUACUGUAGCAUCUUCGCCAAGUUCUGAUAUAAAAACGAUCACAUCACCGUGUAACACCAAAUAUAUAGCAAAGAAACAAUCUGACGCAUCGUUGAAUGGUAAAGUUCCCGUUGAUAUUCAGUCGUCAGCUGCCGAAAGAAGCAUAGCUUCUAUCAAGACCGAAACGGUAAAAGAUUCAUGUGAUAACAAAAAUUCGAGUGAGAUCGUGAAUGCUUUCAAAAUCGAAAAUAAGCCUGAAAAAGUUGCAUUAUGCAAUUCAAAAGAAUUAAAAAAGAUUACCCCAUUAAUUAAUUUUAACGAAUCUAAUGACAUUAUUGGAUUGAAAAAACAUGAUACUAUUAAAUUAGAAGCUAAUAAUGUUAAGCAAGUGUCAAGGCCGGUCGAAAUUCCAGAACAGGCUGAAGAUAACAAAUCGACUAUCGCUACAAAGU